AUGCCGAUAUGGGAUCCUCUUGUGCCCGUUGAGCGCGUUAUACAGCGUGGUCUUGCACGCCUUCCGCAACCUAUCAGCCACUGGCUUGGAUAUCGAACAAAAGCAGCACCAGCUGCUCGCACAUGGGUCGUCUGUGUCUGGGGCUUCAUCGGCGCUUUCUGUGGGCUUAGUGUCAUUCUCGCUAUAUUUGGGCACACAGACUACAUGAGAAGUCGCGCCGUACCACCAAUCAUCGCUUCAUUUGGUGCCUCAGCAAUCCUCUGCUACGGCGCCAUCGACGUGCCCUUCUCGCAACCACGCUCCCUAAUCUUCGGCCACUUCUUCAGCGGCCUAGUCGGAGUCAUCAUAGCAACAAUCUUCCAGUUCGACCUCGAAAAAGAUCCUUACCCACGACUGCAAUGGCUCGCUGCUGCUUUGGCCACAGCUAUCGCUCUCGUUGUCAUGCAUCUGACCAAGACGACUCACCCACCUGCUGGAGCAACAGCGCUCAUGCCGUGUGUUGAUCAGCAUAUCUGGGCGCUGCGAUGGUAUUUCUUGCCGGUCUUGCUGCUAUCGUCGACCGUUGUGCUGGUUACAGCCAUGAUGGGGAAUAAUGUUCAGCGGCGAUACCCCGUGUUCUGGGUUGCGCAGAUUCCGCCAACACCACCGGCACCGAAGGCCGAGGAGAAGAAAGAUACGAUCAAAGAGGGUUCCUCUGAUGGAAGCGUGGAUGGAUCACACAAGGACGUGGAGAGAGGACCUCUUUAG